AACGUCAAUACACACUGCUCGCUACUACAACAAGGGGUCUGUUGAUUUCCAACUGUAUACAACAGCAAACCGUACUGUGGUGCUGAAUUGUCGGAUAGCGUGUAAAAUUCACUUGUAAUUGCGAAAGAAAUAUGGGGAAUCAUUCUAGCCGGAAAAACAAUGGACUCAAAUAUCACGGGAAAAAAGCAUUGGACAACACUGAUGAUUUGAACGAGCCUCCAAUGGACUCUUACGACAAACUUGUGGCGUGGUUGGUAGAAAUGGCAGAGAAUGACAACUCUGGAAUCGACAAGGCAUCCUUUGUCAACCAAAUACAGAACGUUUGUACGAAGCGAAAAAGAAAGCUUCGAAACCAAGCCUCCUGGCAGACUUCAUGCGACUCAUACACUAGCACGGAAACUCCGGCCGUUAGUAAAUCGUCUCGUUCAUGUGAAGACAUUAUAGAUCCCAAUUCGAGGCUGCGUGUGCCUGUGUCGAGCAGACAGACGACAUUUAGUGAGGACGAGGAAGACAAUGAAUUAAGAAAACUAUCAAGUGAAAGUUUAUAUAACGAUGCAGACAGAGAACAUGAUUUUGACAUUGUAGAUCCAAAGGAAAUUUUACUUAAGAAACGGAAGAAUUUUCUAACUUCCGGCAGAGCUGCACAUGUGUUAAGUUCAAGUGUUGGUAACCUGUUAGAUAGUCAUGGUGUGCUUGUUAAUGAUAUUAGAAGAAAAAGUUCCAGUAUGGUGAUCAUGCAGGCAAGGGGACAGCACUCUGUAGAUAUUUUGGAUCGACCAGAGUUACCACAGGUUACCGUGCAAAGUAGCAGCGAGGAGAAAAUACUGGACGACGAGUUGUUGGAUGGCAAUAUUGCAGAUAUUAUGUUUGCUGUGGAAGCACUCUGGCCUAAAAAGUGAUAAAUUCAACAACCACCAAAGGUUGACAGUUUUCUAAACCAUCUCCCAAUGGUUUUAAAUUUGUGGAAGACCUUCCUUUCAAUGAACGACCAAAGUUUAUCUUGCCAAGUCAGACAUUGGAUGAACGUUGUAGUGUAUUCAAAUGACCUCCACUUGGUUAUUUUCCAUUAUACGCACUGGUUGUAUUUUUGGAACUGAUGCACGUGCCUACAAUGAACACAAGCAAGGUGACAUCAUUAUAUGGCGUCACACUAUGAAUACGGUUUUGUUCUCUCCGCCAUAACUGCCUUUGUUUGCUAGCACAUGCCAUACCGUUCUUUGAUACGAUGGCGCUUGAACGUAAAGCAAGGAGAUGACAUCGUUCUAAUGAUUAUUGACAGUGAAUAGGAACCGUUUGUUGUAAUGUGGGCAGAUAAUUUGAUGAAGUCAUAUUCUUUUUUGUGAAACUACGAUCUUCUGUUGGAAUGAUAUUUAAAAAUCUUUUGAUAUAUUUGGUAUACCAGAUUAUUCUAUGCCACGUACUUUCUAUGAAAUCCUUAAAAUGAAUAUCUAAAACCAACUAGUUUGAGAAUUUGAAAUCUCUUGAUUCUGUCAUAUUUGCUAUCAGUGGAUAAUGUGUAUGAUGUCAUACUUUAUUUAAAAUCAAUGAUAUAUGUAUUUCGUAACAUUCCAAUUGUUCACAAAAACUUUCCUGACAGUUUUGUCGUUUUGCUCUGACAUCAAUUUGUCACAAUUGACCACUCUGUAUAAAGCCCAUUUUUGUAUCAUGAAUCGUUUUACCUCAUUAACUUCAUGUUCGAACAGUGGCAAUAAUUCAACUAUUAUAUAUAUAUAUUUGCAUUUUCUUUUUUGUCUGUGGAGACAGCCAUAUGUCCAUUUUGUUAUAUAGCUGCUUACACUGGCGAGCAAUAGAUAUAUCAUGGUAAUACUUUACCUGGAAAUCUUGUUAUCAUAUUAAUUUGUAAAGGUUUUGAAAGUAUUGCAGAAAACAUGCAAUUGUCAAAUCAAUGAUGCUGACUUUCAAAAUAUGAAAACGAGUAGUACUUCAAAUAAUAAUCAGUAUCUACAAAUAUGACGCAUUUCAAUUUUAAUCAAGUAAUGGAGCCGUAAUUGUUGUAACUUUGAUUGUAUAUUCAUGUAAAUUCAUAUCUAAAUGUGUUGACAGGUUGAAUGGUGGGAGCAAGGGAUUUAUGUCCACCGUUGUAUAUAUGUAUAUUUAUAUUUGUACCCAAAUUACAGCAGUGUAUUAUGAACAUCUGGCUUUAAUGAUUAACAUCUGUCUUUCAUGAUACAUAUUUUGUUUAUUUAUCUGUUUAUUCAUAUUUGUUCUUUAUUUCUUUUUGAUGUAUGGUAAUGUAAUAAAGCAUAUUUCUUUUUAUACAACCUCGGGGAUCAUAAAAUUUUUUUUUCUAAUAUAUUUAGAAAUGUAAUAAUAUCUCAUCUUAAGUUAUUUGGAUUUGAAUGGAAAAAAAUCUUUUAUAAAACAAAUCUGUGUUUAAUUAAGACGUGGAUGAAUCGGUAUAAACAUGUAAUAUGCUCGCUAUUAAAUUUGUCACAGAUAAUCUCAAAGCGACGGAAUAUUCAAUACAGUUUUGAGAAUAAAAUUUGUUCUUUGCUGUUUAAAAAGAUGAUCCCUGUUUCGGCUGAUUUGUUUGGUUAAUUUGUUUGUUUAUUGUUCUCAAUUGACCGCCGUGUAUACUUGGUACCUUUGUUGUGCAGAUAUGGCUGCUGUGUGAUAUCGAAAUGUAUCUUAUCAACUAUGUAACUAUGUGUUUGGAGUCGAUGUGUUUCCGUACAUGUGCGACAUCGAAAAGCAAUCUUGAUUGCUAUUUUUAAAAACACAAUAAAAUAUAUAUACAGA